AUGACCGGUCGACCGGAAGGUACCAAUGUUGCGUGUCCGUGGGGCUAUGGAGACGACUUCGAUACGUUCAAGGUUCCCACACCUCUGCGAACUAUCCAAGACCGCAUCAUGAAGUCUGAGCACUUCCAUGUAGGUGCGCCAAGAGAUAUUACAGUCAAUUAUCGCCAGCACUCUCUCUUCAAGUUAGACCCCCAUUAUGACCCCCGUACAGACGGGGGCAAUAUUUUUAUCAUCAACUUCUUAUCGUACGUGGUGUUGACACUAACGCCUGAACACCCGGUCAACCAUGGUCUCCAGACAGACGAUGGCAGUAUCGUCGACUGGUUCGGCGACCAAAAGACUUUGCUCAAGCGCGAUUCCGAGCGCUUCAGUGUUGUGAUGGCGUUCGAGUGAGUAAGGCAUGGUACUUACCACAAACAUCACGUGGCUUCAGACUCCCAUCGGUUUUAGACCGUAAUUUUGCCAUCUGUUUGUGGGUUCGUACUGAUCAUUUGUGGCACGUCAUUGAAUGUACACCAAAGGACUACCGGCAUGUGACUACCCACACUGAUGCAUUCGGUUAAUAGGUGGUAUUUGCACACGCAUAUACACAGCUAUGUACACAGAUACAUACACAGCUAUACGCCCGCUCUGACACCAGUACCACGCUGUGGUCUAUAGCUAUGUGAAAGCUCGCACCAACAGUUAGAUCGCGACAACCCCAUUUCAGCACCCAAAGCCAAUUGAGACCCACACCCACGUGUUAUUCGGCCCUGUCCAGUUGUUUUACAGCGCCCCGUAUUUAAAAACAGGACAGGUGCGGUACUUGAGGGCAACUACUGUAUGUAAUGUACAGUAAACGGGGCUGCAGUAUAUCUGGAGGGGACAGGCACCAACAGUGCUAGUUGCUGGUUGGAGAGCUAUGCGGUUGGCUGUGGCCAGGUUAGUGUUGUGUCAUAGACUGUACACUUCCGGAUGAGAAGGGGAAAGAAAAUGGGUGCAGCCCGUGACCAAAGGCACCAGAGAGGUACGCAGGGCAACCGUGGGUCAAGCCAGCAACCCCAAUGAAACUUAGGACUCAGUGAAACGGACCGAGUAGCUGGUGCAUUUGUUCGGGAAUCGACCUUUUGAGUUGAGUGAGACAGGGGGGGCACUGGCAGGCGGUAGGCCAGAACAUACUACCACCACAAAACAGACCAAUUGGAAUGGACAGCCAUGUACCUAUGGAAUUAACUUUGUGCCGAUCUGAUUGGUUGAGGCUCAGUUUGAUCUGCGUGUAGCAUAAACAUAUCACGUGGCUAUGCCGUCAUGUCCAGUGGGCCAAAUGUGUCCUGUGGAGCAGUUCAGCGCCAUAUAAAGUAACUAAUACCUAC